AUGGAAGCUGAGGAGCCGUCAAACUCUACUCUUUGCGGCAAUGCAUCAGAUAUCCAGCCAAUCCCACACAGUCUAUGGGAAGUCAUAACCAUAGCAACUGUAUCGGCCAUUGUGAGUUUGAUCACGAUAAUUGGCAACAUUCUUGUGAUGCUAUCCUUUAAAGUCAACAGCCAACUAAAGACUGUGAACAAUUACUACUUGCUGAGCUUAGCUUUCGCAGACCUCAUCAUUGGAGUUUUCUCCAUGAAUUUAUAUACCUCUUACAUUCUGAUGGGAUACUGGUCACUGGGGAGCUUAGCGUGUGACUUGUGGUUAGCUGUGGAUUAUGUGGCCAGCAAUGCCUCGGUAAUGAACCUGCUGGUUAUCAGCUUUGACAGGUACUUUUCCAUUACAAGGCCUCUGACUUACAGAGCGAAGCGAACUCCAAAACGGGCCGGGAUCAUGAUCGGUUUGGCUUGGCUUGUGUCUUUCAUCUUGUGGGCUCCCCCCAUUUUGUGUUGGCAGUAUUUUGUCGGGAAAAGAACAGUUCCAGACAAACAGUGCCAGAUCCAGUUUUUCUCUGAGCCAGUGAUCACAUUUGGGACAGCCAUUGCUGCUUUCUACAUCCCAGUCUCCAUUAUGACUAUUCUGUACUGCCGGAUCUACAAGGAAACAGAAAAACGCACCAAGGACUUGGCAGAGCUUCAAGGCCUAAACUCUUCAGCUGAAAGCAGCAGUGCCAAACCCCAGAAGACUAUCAUAAGAUCCUGUUUCAACUGUAAACAGCCACCCAAUGCCUCUCGAGAUAGGAACCAGGCUUCCUGGUCCUCUUCAAAUGCGGCCAAGUCAGCAGCUUUGUCUUGUGACGAGUGGUCCAAAGCUGACCAGGUGACCACCUUCAACAGUUAUGCCUCCUCAGAGGAUGAGGAGCACCCUGUCUCACCUGAAAUCUUCCAAGCAGCUUACAAGAACCAGACUUGCGGUCAUAACGAAAGUACUGUUGGUAGUGAGGCAGAGCAGCUGAGCAGCAAUGAAGAAGGCACUUACUUCCCUUCCCAGCCUAAGAGCAGCUCCCAGAAGAGCAAGAAGUGUGUCUCCUACAAGUUCAAGCCAGUUGCCAAAGAAGGCAGCUCUCAGCAGAGCAAAAACGGGGACACUAAAAUGGCACCAUCCUCAUGCUCCUCAGCAGAGUCAAUGGGCGCGCCCUCUGCUUCCUCCUCCGCCAAACCCAUGGACACCAAUCUGAAGAACCAGAUCACCAAGAGAAAGCGCAUGGUCCUCAUCAAGGAGAAGAAGGCUGCCCAGACACUUAGUGCCAUUCUUCUAGCCUUCAUCCUCACCUGGACCCCCUACAACAUCAUGGUGCUCAUCUCCACCUUCUGCUCUGACUGCAUUCCUGUGUCUCUCUGGCACCUGGGCUAUUGGCUCUGCUAUGUCAAUAGCACGGUUAACCCUAUGUGCUAUGCCCUCUGCAACAAGACUUUCCAGAAGACCUUCCGCAUGCUACUCUUCUGCCAGUGGAAGAAAAAAAGGGCAGAGGAAAAACUGUACUGGUACGGCCAAAACCCAGCUGUUGGUGGAAAACUGAUGUAA